AUGGCCGCCGUUGCUACCCGUGCCCUCGCCUCCGCGCCGGUUGCCCUCGAGGCUACCCGCCAACGCCUUGUCGCCGGCAAGGCUCUGCGCUACGCUGUCCCUGCCGUCACUGCUGUGCGCGGUCAGAGGCUCGUUGCUCGUGCAAGCCUUGAGAAGCCCACUCGCCAGACCUACUUCGCCUCCCCCCAGUCCCUGAGCUACCUCGAUGGGACCCUCCCCGGCGACUUCGGCUUCGACCCCCUUGGCCUGUCCGACCCUGAGGGUGCUGGCAACUUUAUCGACCCCAAGUGGCUCACCUAUGGCGAGCUGAUCAACGGCCGCUGGGCUAUGCUCGGUGUUGCCGGCAUGAUCGCUCCCGAGAUCCUCGGCAGCUACGGCAUUGGCCCCAAGAUUGUGUGGUUCCAGUCCGGCGUGAUCCCUCCUCUUGGCGGCUACGAGUACUGGGCCGAUCCCUAUGCUCUGUUCGUCCUCGAGAUCGUCCUCAUCGGCUUCGCCGAGCACAGAAGAGCUCAGGACUACUACAAGCCCGGCUAUGGCUCCAAGCAGUACCUGCUGGGUCUUGAGAAGGUGCUCGGCGGCUCCGGCGACCCCAUCUACCCCGGUGGCCCGUUCUUCAACUUCGCUGGCCUGGGCAAGACCGAGGCUGAGAUGCACACCUACAAGACCAAGGAGGUCAGGAACUCCCGCCUUGCCAUGCUCGCUGCCCUCGGCUUCUUCUUCCAGGCGUGGAUCACCGGCGUGGGCCCGUACCAGAACCUGCUCGACCACUUGGCCGACCCCCCGCCUCCAUUGCGCCAUCGCAGCCUGCCAGGCGACUACGGAUUCGAUCCGCUCGGCCUGUCGGACCCGGAGGGGGCGGGCGCGUUCGUGUCGCCGCGAUGGCUGGCGUACGCGGAGGUGGUGCACGCGCGCUGGGCCAUGCUGGGCGCACUGGGGAUGAUCGCGCCGGAGAUGCUGGGCGAUGUGGGCGUCAUCCCCGCGCGCACGGGCGUCGAGUGGUUCCGCUCGGGCGUCAUUCCGCCGAUCGGCGCGUUCGACUACUGGGCUGACCCUUACACGCUCUUCGUGGCGCAGGCGGCGCUGCUGGCAUUUGCGGAGCACCGACGCGCGCAGGAUUACUACGCUCAUGCCACGCCGUCCUCCUUCCAUCUCGUGCCGCGCGCCCUGGCAGCGCCAGGCUACGGCGCGACGACCCCGUUCUUCGGCCUCGAGCGGCUGCUGGGCGGCUCCAAGCGCCCCGCGUAUCCCGGCGGGCCGUUCUUCAACUUCGCGCGGCUCGGGCGCUCCAAGGCGGAGAUGCGCGCGCUGCGCACGGCGGAGUUGAAGCACGGGCGCGUGGCGAUGGCGGCGUGCGCGGGGUGCUUCGCGCAGGCGGUGGUGACGGGGAGCGGGCCGUGGCGCAACGUGGUGGAGCACGUGGCGGACCCCGCGGGGAACAACCUGCUGGCGCUCGUGGGGCUGCUGUGA